GGCGCAGGUGCCGUGCUCCGUGGCGAACGAGGUGGCCCCGGGCCAAGUGCGUCGCUUCCACUUCCAGCGCGCGGGCUCCGCUCAGGACCUCCUCUGCGUCUUCACCUUCCAGACGCAGCUCGGCGCGCCGCUGGCCGUCGUGCUCCACUUCCUCCGCUUUGAUAAUAUGACCGAACGGGACUGUGAAUGUGGUGAGCUGAAUAUGUACGACGUUUUGCCAUCAGGUGAACCGGUUUUAAGCGUUAGGAAACCGCAACGGGAGCGUCUAACCGCUUCCGCUUGGAAAUAGUGGAAAGGAUUUUCAUUUUCGAAGAAGGCAUUUCUGCCAUUGCUUUCUUCGCCGGCCAUGGGAUUGGAGAUGCGGACGUCCUUUGUGCUUGUUUUGGCAAUGUGGGCGGCAGUGUGGGCGGAAGAGGAGGGCCCCAAGCCCCAGGACAGGCGGUGCGCCUCCCUCACUGACUGCGGCUCGUGCCUCCGCACACCCGACUGUCACUGGUGUGCUUCUACUGGUGACAGCGAAAAAUCAAGAUGUGUUUCCAGUAACAAGGCCCUUGGUUCAUGGUGUAAAGGUUUUGCCUGGGGACCCAAAACUGGUCAUCAAAUUGUAAACAAUGGAACUGACAAGAGUCAGCUUUAUCCACAACAUGUGAAGUUGAAGCUACGGGUUGGCGAAACUAAAACUAUCAGGGUUGUUUUUAGAAGAUCGGACGAUUAUCCUAUUGACUUAUACUAUUUAUUGGAUAUGUCAAAAACAAUGAGAGGGCACAAAAAUGAAAUAUCAAAAUUGGGACAAAAGUUAGCAUAUGCCAUGAACAAUGUGACCAAAAACUUUCGCCUGGGAUUUGGAAGUUUUGUUGACAAAGUUAGAAUGCCAUUUGUCUUCACUGAUCGAAAUACGCUCGAAAAAUCUUGCCAGCAAUAUAAAUGUGUGUCUCCGUAUUCUUUCAAGAAUCAUAUGCCUCUUGAUAAUAAUCCCGAUAUAUUUGCUACUAAACUUCGAGAAACUCCUGUAUCCUCGAACAAUGACUCUCCAGAAGGUGGCCUUGAUGCUUUGAUGCAAGCCAUAGUUUGUACAGAGAAGAUAAAAUGGCGUCCCGAUGCUCGUCAUUUAUUAGUUUUUACAACAGAUGAUUUGUAUCAUAUUGCUGGAGAUGGAAAGGUACUACCUUCUCAUUUGAAUUUCUUACGAUUUUAUUAUGACUAUCCGACUAUUUCUCAGAUAAAUAAACAAGCCAUUAAAAAUAAGAUUAAUAUAAUAUUUGCUGUGACAUCAACUUAUUCCAAACAGUAUCAAGAGUUGGCAAAACAUAUUCAAGGAUCCAGAAUGGAGAUUUUGUCUACAAAUGCAACAAAUAUUAUCAAUAUUAUUACUGAAGUAUACAAUAAAUUUGAAAAAUCUGUUAAAUUACUUGAUGAUGCUGGAAGCAGAGGCAUUGGAAUAAUUUAUUAUUCAAAUUGUUCUGAAGGCGAACAAAUAAGAACAAAUGAAUGCAAUGAAAUUAAAGCUACUGUACCUGUUACAUUUGAUAUCGAUAUUACGGCGAAAUUUUGUCCACCAAAUUUGAAUAAAGAUAUAUGGAAUACAACAAUUAAUAUCAGUCCUCACGGAAUAAAUGAAAAACUACAAUUAGACAUUGAAGUAUUUUGUUCCUGUCCUUGUGAAUUUGAAGGACAUGAGGAGUUCUACGGAGUGCAUUGCCAAUGCGAUAACUUCUCCUGUAGGCGCCACAACGGACUGUUGUGUUCCGGGCCGGGGAGAGGUCGCUGCUCGUGCGGGAAGUGCGAGUGCGAGCCCGGCUGGACCGGGGACGCGUGCGAGUGCCCGGAGAUGCAAACGAGUUGCCUCGCCCCUGGGGAAGACAAAGUGUGCUCGGGCGUGGGAAAGUGCGUGUGCGGAAAAUGUGAAUGCGAGGAAGAACGCAGUGGAAAAUAUUGUGGGGACUGUAAGCCAACUCUCAAUAUGACAUGUACAGGUGGUCGGUGUAAAGAGUUUGCUGAUUGCAUUGAAUGUAUGGUGCACGAUACUGGAAGAUAUGCUGGAGCAUUGUGUUUAAACUGUAGUAUUCCAUCUCCUGAACGGGUUGAUUCAAUAAGCGAAUCCAGUUUAUCUUUCGAGGAGAAAUACUGCAAAAUUCCUGAUGAUUCCGGCUGCUCGUUUGUCUUUACUUAUCAAGAAGAACGAGGGUCUGUGAUAUUGAGAGCAGUAGAAACAAAAGAAUGUUCGGCAGCAAUAAACUUAAUAGGAAUUGUGCUUGGAAUAAGUGGAACUACUCUAUUUCUCGUAAUUUUGACAAUUUUGAUAUGGAAAUUAUUAACAACAGUUCACGACCGAAGAGAAUACGCCAAGUACGUCAGCGAGUUGGAAAAUACGCAAUGGGCUGCGGUUAAUAAUCCUCAUUACAGAGAGCCAACGCGAACCACAGUCAACCCAAUAUUUUCUAGGAGAUCCAGACUUUCAUUUAUGCUCAGAUGAGAAGAAAUAUUUGCAUCCUGAAUUAGGGAAUGUAAAUGGAAUGCUAUUGUUGAAUAUAAGAUAUUCAGGUACACCAAUGUUAUAUGUAGUUUAGCUCACGUUUGUAUAUUUCUGCACUUCUAGUGAGUGAUUUAAACGAGUGUAAUGUAGCAUUAUUUACACUAUGUGAAUGGUUUUGUGUUCAAGUUCAGUGUACUGUGAGGAACAAAGUGUCUUAUUUAUGGAAAAUUAUGGCUAUAAUGUUUUAAAACGUCUUGAUGUGUACGUCUUGUGUAUCUACGGUUUCUGUGGAUCCAGUAAUUCAUACUCGCAACCAGACAAUACAUUUCACUUUAAUUGCCAUGAAAGUUUGCAACAAACCGACACGGCAUAGUUGAGACAAAAUAUAUUACAUGCAAAACUUUAAAAUUGUUUUACUAGACUUUGAUUUUUAUUUCAUGAAGAAUUGUAAAUAUGCGAGAAAGGCAAUGCUCUUAACACUUUAUCUUUGUUGUGUUUUCAAUACUGUCCCUCCUAUUGUUCUUCCAUAUCCAUUGCAGAAGAACGUUUGAUGGUCGCAGGAAAGGAACGUAUCUGCACCCUCUCUGAUUUAUUAAAUAAAUAAAUAGCAACUCGUAUUAUCGAAGUCAAUGGACUUAUCUUCUUUAAUUAUAUAAAUAUUUUCUUAGAGUUUUAGCUUCAAAAUAAAUAUCGAUUGUCUGGGUGUUUCUUGCUCAAACUAGAUUUGUGAACGCAAUCUUGAAUGUAUCAGAAACGCAUUUAAUAGAAAAAUAACAAUUUCGUUGCAUUUAUCUCUGGAUGAAUACCCUUGCAAUCGCUUUUGUUGGUGCACAUGGGUAAUAUGCUUGUGAAUAUUUGGAGAAAGGUGUGGUAUCAAAAACGAAUUUUAAAAUCUGAAAAUAUUUAUUUAGAAUUUCUUGUAUUAACUGACCACCUGUGAAUGUGUAAGGAUAUGAAAUAGUGAAAUUUCUCUAGACGAUUUUAUUUCUUAGCUCUAUUUGUCCUUCGGUCAACAAUGGAGUUAGUCUUCAAUCAUCUUUGUAUUGAAAGCACGUAAGUGUUUUGUUUUGGAAAGUAAUUUAAGCCUUUUACUGUACCAAAUUUUGGAAUUUUGCUGUAAAUGGUAGAUUAUUGGUCCCAGAUGUCUUAUCACUUGCUUUUAUUAACCGGUUUUAUAAUAUAAUCACCAAAUUUAAUAAUAUCCUAAAAUUAACAGAAUGAACGCUAAUCU